AGUGAGUGAGAAAGACUGUGUUCAGUUUAUACUUUAGAGAAUCGAUAAAGUCCUGUUUAUCGCGAGAAACGCCUUAUUUCGUAGAUGCCGAACCGGUGUGUUGUUGGAGGGUGUUUAAAUACCUACCAAAAUAAAGUAAAAAUACAUAAAUUUCCGAAAAGCCCAAUAUUAAAGCAGUGCUGGGUGAAGUUUGUGCAAUGUACAAGGGCAGAUUUUGAGCAACCUUCCAAGAACAGUGUUAUAUGCGGUAAACAUUUUAAACCCGACUGUUAUUGGAAAAAGUUUGGAUCCUCUACUGAGUUAUUGUUGGAGUCUGCUAUACCUACAGAAAAGUCAAAAAAAGCUGCACCUGCUACACAAAAAAGAAAAUGGACUGUUGCAUUUACCAAACAAUCAAGAAAAAAAACUAAGUUGUUGGAUGAAGUAUUGGGCUGCAGUCCAACAUCUAAUGCAGCUAUAGACGAAUCACCAAAUGAAAAUGUUUCAGAGGAAACACUAAGUGUGCCAGAGAAAGAUGACAAGUGUAUUCAAACUGAAACUGCACAACACAACCAGAAAACACAAACGAGCCUACGAAGAGGAAAACAUAGAAAAUGUAAAAAGACAUUCAUAGACACACCAAUACUUUCUUGUCUACCACCGUUAACCUCCAACUAUCUUCAACCUGACAAGGACGUUUCAAAUGCAGCCCAUGCUUUGUUGCAAAUAAAGUUUUUUACAAAAUAGAAAAUUUAAUUUAAAAUUGGAUGCCCAGAAAACAAUAGUCGUUAUAACAUGGUUGUUCAUCCACCUUGCCCACAAUUGUAACAGCGUCGAGCCUUGAACCCAUUACCUCUGGCUUACAGGCAGGUGUGCUAACUGCUAAUCACUUUGCCAAGACGGCAGACUUGAAUCCAGUACAGGUGUCACUUGGAAAUGUAGAUGUUAACAACACAUGAUGGGAUAAGCACAAGAACACGUCGUCCAACAUCUGUAGGCCACAUGUCUGAAUCUUCUAAACCUAAACAAUAAUAAACCGGACAUAAAAACGCAUA